ACUCCUCUCCUCCACCGCCCGCCCCACCAGGCCACCACCGCUCCAGCUGCACCUCGUCACCUCCGGAACAAUCAAGCCAAGCAAUCCAAUUAAAAUACUCGGCAAGGCAGCAACGCCAACACCACCAGUAACCACCUAGUUACCGGCGGAGCUCGCCAGCGCGAGCCGGCGGCCAUGUCGGUGUCGUGCGGGCUGGAGUGCGUGCUCUGCGUCGGCUGCGUGCGCUGGGCCUGGAAGCGCCUCACCUACAUCGGCGCCUACGACAGCGACACCUGGCCGCCCGCCGCCGCCGACGACUUCCGCCCCGUCCCGCGCAUCUGCCAGAUCAUCAUGGCCAUCAACGAGGACGACCUCGCCAACCCCAAGUUCGCGCCGCCGGGGCUCGGAUACGCCGACAUAGACGCCGCUGGCAUCGUCAAGCGCACCACCUACGCCGACGUCGGCGCAGACUGCCCGCCCUACAUCGUCUACGUCGAUCGACGCCACAACGAGGUCGUCCUCGCCGUCCGCGGCCUCAACCUCGUCCGCAACGCCGACUACCAGGUCCUCAUGGACAACAAGCUCGGGAAGCAGAUGUUCGACGGCGGCUACGUGCACUACGGCCUGCUCAGGGCGGCGCAGUUCAUCCUCGAGAAGGAGACGGACGCGCUGCGGGACCUACUGCGCAAGCAAGGUGCCGGAUGCAGGCUCGUCUUCGCGGGCCACUCGCUCGGCUCCGGCAUCGCAGCGCUCAUGACCAUACUCGUCGUCAACAACCGCAGGGCGUUCGACGAUAUUCCCAGGAGCCACGUACGCUGCUACGCGCUCGCCCCGAGACCUCCUCGCCGUCGAACACCUUGCGGGCGGCGAUGA